CGUGAGAGGGGUUUUUCCCUUGUGAAAUUCUUCCUCAGUUUGGGAAAAGAAAACAAACAACACGCACACGCACCCUUUCUACUCUCCAGUCUCCUCCUCUAAUCCCCGACUCUCCCCACUCCUUCCACCGCCACUUCCUCCGCCGCGGCCGUCCUCUUCCACUGCCGACCACAGUUUUUUUCUCUCCAUCAAAGUCUUCAAUUGCACUUCUAUUUGACCUAGCCGCCUCUUCUCCCUCUCUGACUUUUUCGGUCGACACAUCGGCUUGGUCUGACUAGUUGGGAAUUCCACCGUCGAAGCCGCAGGGGGAGUGUGCUCUUUUGCCCCCAGCACUCUGGCUCUCGCUCAAUUGCCUCUCUGGGCUAUCAUUUGCAGGUUCUCGCGAUGCACCGUGUUGGCAGUGCAGGAAAUUCAUCUAAUUCAGCUCGUAAAAGCAAGGAAAAGAAGUUAACAUAUGUAUUAAACGAUGCAGACAAUACAAAGCAUUGUGCUGGCGUAAACUGCUUGGCUGUGUUGAAAUCACCUGGACCAGAUGGAUGUGAUUACCUUUUCACGGGUAGUCGUGACGGAACAUUAAAGAGAUGGGGAUUAUCUGAAGAUCGUGCUACUUUCUCUGCGACAUUCGAGUCUCAUGUUGAUUGGGUCAAUGAUGUUGUUCUGACAGGUGGUAACACAUUGGUUUCUUGCUCCUCAGAUGCCAGUGUUAAGGUAUGGAAUUGCUUGUCCGAUGGAACAUGUGCUAGGACGUUUCGUCAACACUCAGAUUACGUCACUUGCCUUGCUGCAGCAGAGAAAAAUAGCAAUGUCGUGGCUUCUGGUGGCCUUGGUGGAGAGGUUUUCAUAUGGGAUCUUGAAGCCGCUCUUGCUCCCGUUUCUAAAUCAAAUGAUGCAAAUAUAGAUGAUUGUUCAACUAGUACCAAUGGUUUGGGAUCUUCAUUGCAGAAUACAAGUCUUCGACCUAUCAGCUCGAGCAAUAACAUCUCUGGGCAUGCUAAUCAAUGUCAGGGCUAUGUUCCAAUUGCCGCAAAAGGCCAUAAAGAGUCAGUUUAUGCCUUAGCCACAAAUGACCAGGGAACACUCCUUGUUUCUGGUGGAACUGAAAAGGUUGUGCGAGUUUGGGACCCAAGAACUGGUUCCAAAACCAUGAAGCUUAGAGGACACACAGAUAAUAUUAGGGCACUACUGUUGGAUUCUAGUGGCAGAUAUUGCUUGUCUGGGUCGUCUGAUUCUAUGAUCAGGUUGUGGGAUCUUGCUCAGCAACGAUGCAUUCAUUCCUAUGCUGUGCACACAGACUCUGUCUGGGCUCUGGCCAGCACUCCAACAUUUAGUCACGUUUAUAGUGGUGGAAGGGAUCUUUCUUUGUAUUUGACAGACUUAGCAACAAGAGAGAGUGUAUUGCUUUGUACAAAUGAACAUCCUAUAUUGCAAUUAGCCUUGCAUGAUGAUGGUAUAUGGGUUGCCACAUCAGAUUCUUCUGUGCAUAGGUGGCCAGCUGAAGCACAUAAUCCGCUGAAAGUAUUCCAAAGAGGUGGUUCAUUUUUAGCUGGCAACUUGUCAUUUUCGAGGGCAAGGGUAUCACUGGAAGGCUCUACACCUGUCCCUGUUUAUAGAGAACCGUCUGUUAGCAUCGAUGGAACUUCAGCUAUAGUGCAGCACGAGAUUUUAAAUAAUAGAAGACACGUCUUGACUAAGGACACUGCUGGUGUAGUGAAGUUGUGGGAAAUUACAAGAGGCGUGGUUAUUGAGAACUAUGGAGAGAUUUCUUUUGAGAAGAAGAAAGAAGAAUUGUUCGAAAUGGUGAGUAUUCCUGCAUGGUUCACGGCAGAUACAAGGCUUGGGAGUUUGUCAGUGCACUUGGAGACACCACAAUGCUUUUCUGCUGAGAUGUACUCUGCUGACCUAAGCAUUGCAGGCAAACCUGAGGAUGACAAGGUUAAUUUGGCGAGAGAAACCCUCAAAGGGCUGUUGGCACAUUGGGUAAGUAGGAGGAGGCAGAGAUUUGGAUCUCAAACUUCAGUAAAUGGGGAAAUUCCAUCUGGAAAGGAUUUGUCUUCAAGGACAUUAACCCUAUCUCGAGUAGAAGGAGAUGGUAAUUUGGAAAAUGAUUCUGCAGUAUAUCCACCCUUUGAAUUUUCAGCAGCAUCCCCUCCUUCCAUUGUUACUGAAGGCUCUCAGGGAGGCCCAUGGAGAAAGAAAACUACUGACCUAGAUGGAACUGAAGAUGAGAAAGAUUUUCCUUGGUGGGUUCUUGAUUGUGUGCUGAAUAAUCGCCUGCCUCCAAGGGAAAAUACCAAAUGUAGCUUCUAUUUGCACCCAUGUGAAGGUUCUACUGUGCAGAUCCUUACACAAGGAAAACUCAGUGCUCCUCGCAUCUUGAGAAUACACAAAGUUGUCAACUAUGUGAUAGAAAAGAUGGUUCUUGAUAAGCCAGUGGAUACUUUGAGCGCUGAUGGAACUUUUGCUCCGAAUAUGCCUGGGGGUCAGCAUCCAGUUGUUGGAGAUGGCUCUCUUCGUUCCGGACUUAAACCUUGGCAAAAGCUGAAGCCUAGUAUAGAGAUCCUGUGUAAUAACCAGGUAUUACCUCCAGAUAUGAGCUUAGCCACUGUCAGGGCGUACAUAUGGAAGAAGCCUGAAGACCUUAUCCUUAACUACAGAGUGGUCCAAGGAAGGUGAUGGAAGACAUUUUAAAGGGGUGAUGUGGUCUAUGGUUAUCAAGUUACUUAUGCAUGUAAAUAGUCCGGAGCUGUGCAUCUUCAGAGGCUGAUUGCUGCAACUGUAAAACUCUGUUCCUAUCCAUUAAAUCUGGGAAAACUGAGCAGUUGCUGAAAGAUAAUGCAGCAUAUAGAGUUCGUAGAGAGUACUGACGGGCUGGUUGGCUGACUUUUGCAAAAUCGGACUUGGGGUGCCAGCAUUGGUUGGUGAGACUUCUAGAAUUGUGGCAACUUGCAGAAAAGCUACUGUGCGUGGCGAAGAGAUGUAGUUUUGAGGAGAGCUUGCAUGAGCGGACUUUUCCAGGAGUAACCAAUCAAGAGGAUGCCUGUGGAUUUGUAGUUAACAAUACACUUUUUGUGAGGGUGAAUAAUUUUUUCCUUUUAAGUUAAGAAAUAAUAGCCCUUCACUGAUCCAGUCAUCUAAUUGUUAUUUUUAUUUAUUAUUUGAAUUUCAAUUUUGUAAUUUAUGCUGUUACUUCAUUAGAUGAAGUCCUGUCCGAUUCGUUGAUAAGGUGGCAUAGCAGGGCUGAGUUUGCUGCUAUUUAUUUAGUUUUGAUUA